AUGAAGAGGAGACUGGGUUCAGUCAGUGCUGAUGAAGAGGAGACGGGUUCAGUCAGUGCUGAUGAAGAGGAGACGGGUUCAGCCAGUGCUGAUGAAGAGGGGACGGGUUCAGUCAGUGCUGAUGAAGAAGAGGAGACGGGUUCAGUCAGUGCUGAUGAAGAAGAGGAGACUGGUUCAGUCAGUGCUGAUGAAGAGGAGGAGACGGGUUCAGUCAGUGCUGAUGAAGAGGAGGAGACGGGUUCAGUCAGUGCUGAUGAAGAGGAGGAGACGGGUUCAGUCAGUGCUGAUGAAGAGGAGGAGACGGGUUCAGUCAGUGCUGAUGAAGAGGGGACGGGUUCACAGCGUCCCCUGCAGCAGUCCCUGGCUGCCUCUCUGUGUCGUGAGUCUUACUGGAAGUGCCUCCUCCUCACUGUCCUCAUGUACGGGUGUUUCACCUCACUGGGCUGGUGUGUCGUCUGCCGUGUCCCAGCUCUGGGCUCCGGGGAGUAUGUUGUUGUCUCGGCUCCGUCCGCCACCACCUUCCCUGACUUACCUCAGCUGCACCUCCAGCUCGACAGCCCAUGUUCCAGUGGGUAUGUGUAUAUCCCUCUAGCCUUCCUAGCUAUGCUGUACGUGGUGUAUCUGGUGGAAUGCUGGCACUGUUACUCCAAGACCGCCAUUUUGGCUCACGCAGAGACGGCAGAGGUGUAUGAGCGUGUCACAAGGCUCCAGCAGGCCACUCCCUGUAUCUGGUGGAAGGCCAUCAGUUACCACUACGUCAGACGGACCAGACAGGUGACCAGGUAUCGCAACGGAGACGCUUAUACCACUACACAGGUCUACCAUGAGAGGGUUAACACCCACGCCUCCAGCUCUGAGUUUGACUACGGUCGCCACGGGGUUAAAGACGUCUCCAAGAGGCUCCAGGGACUUCAGGAGCACCCGGCUGUCAGGCUCCGCUUCACCAAGUGUUUCAGUUUUGCCAGCGCCCGUGCGGAGGCUGCAUACCUCACCCAGCGAGCACGCUUCUUCGGAGACAACGAGGGUCUGGACGAUUACAUGGAAGCACGAGAGGGGAUGCAUCUAAAGAACGUGGAUUUCAAGGAGCAUAUUCUGGCGUUCCCAGACCCGACCCGGCAACCGUGGUAUUCCCGACACCGGGUCUUCUGGCUAGCCUCAGCGUUCCUCUUCUCCUGGCCCAUCCGGGUCGUGUCGGAGUACUGCACGGCCCACGUACACUACCACGUGGAGAAACUGUUCGGAGAGGAGACGCUCCGUGAGGACGGAGUGACGGUGAACGGAGGAACGACGGGAGGAGAGAGGAGCGCCAACGGAGGGUCGAGCUACAGAGCGAUAUCGCGGGUGAACACGGUGGACAUGACAGAGCUGGAGUGGCAUAUUCGCUGUAAUCAACAAAUGGUUCCUUCGUAUUCCGAAGCUCUUCUCAUGGACUUGGAGAGAGAGAGUAAUGGAGGAGUCAGUGGAACAGGAGGAACUAGCACCACUUCCUCCACACCUGGAGCGCCGGGCUCCAUCCAGGGGGGCUUUCCAGCCAGCAUGACCCGCCCAGUGGCCUUCUCCACGGCUUACCUCCUCCAGAGCUGCCCCCGGUGUCGGAGUACCACGUCAAGCUCCAGCCUGCCAUCCAGGCUAAGGGCCCCGACGGGGAAUCAAGCCCUGCUGAACGGCACGGUGGUUGGGAUGAGGGCGAAUGGCGUAGGGGGUGGGGUCCGGGUGGGGGAGGGGGCAGACCAGAGAGACUUCCUCCCGGACCAGAGAGACACCCUCCCGGACCAGAGAGACACCCUCCCGGACCAGAGAGACACCCUCCCGGACCAGAGAGACACCCUCCCGGACCAGAGAGACUUCCUCCCGGACCAGAGAGACACCCUCCCGGACCAGAGAGACUUCCUCCCGGACCAGAGAGACACCCUCCCGGACCAGAGAGACACCCUCCCGGACCAGAGAGACACCCUCCCGGACCAGAGAGACACCCUCCCGGACCAGAGAGACACCCUCCCGGACCAGAGAGACACCCGCCCAGACCUGAAGGACCUGCACUGA